AGGCAGCAUAUUUUGGCUGCCACAUCACCAAACUUCACUGAAGGCCAUCUCGAUGUGAAGGAUCCUUGGAAGGCAGCCUUCGUUUUGCAUCCUUUAUUCAGCUGAAUUUGAAGGAUGCAUGGGAUGUAUCCUCCAUGUACGAAAGCCCUCAAUGAAUCUGGAAGCAUUACCAAUACUAUCCAGUGCAUGGCAGCAUACCCUCAUUUAAAUUCAUUGCAAGUAGCCUAUUGCAUCAGCCGUGUAGCUAAUAGUGAAUUGUUCAUUUUAUAAACUUAAAUUUAACUAUUGUGUACAUUUUGAUUGUUACUUUUAAAAUAAUGCUGCUGUUUGUUUAUGUGUUUUAUUGAAAUGUUUUAGUUUUCAUAUAGAAAAAUAUAUGAUGCACAUGUUCUUGACUUUGGAGUAAUCAUUUAUUUUGAAUCUUGUGAUUAAAGUAUAUUUCAUAUUAAAUGCCCAGAAGUUUCAAACAUUAUUUUUAAAAUCACAAACAGGAAAUAACUCGCAUAAUACAAUUAAAUUAAUAACUGUAUCUACAUUAAUUACACAAGAUUAAUAUUUUUAAAAUGAUUAUAUCAUUAUAAAACGCAUACAUGCAUAAAGCAUGACUUAUCCUGUGUAAUAAAAGCAAAUUACCCCUUAAAAGCCGUGAUGUGGAUCUACUCUGUUAAGAACAAAGGCUCUGUGGCUGUGCCUCAUCGUUACAGUCGGAUGCAAUGUUCUCUGCGUCCAUCUUCAUUACUGUACUAAAAUUGUAUGGAUGGAUGGACUAGAUUAAACUGAACGAGAUGCUUCUUUCCGUGACACCGCUGCAUGGGCUAAUUCUCUUUUCCUCAGUCUUCGUACAAAUAGCAGGUGUAAAAGUUAUUGGUCAUGAUACAGCAGUCGUAUAUGGAGAAAAUGCCACAUUGUUGUGUCAGCUGACUGAGACUCAUGAAAAUGCUGAUGUAACUCGUAUUAUAUGGAAGAAGAAGACAAAAGAAAAUGCUGAAGAGAAGACCUUCUUUUCCAUUCGCCCAGGUCCCAAAACUGAACACUCAAAUGGAUUGGGGGACAGAGUACAAUUCAUUGGGAACUUUACAGAGAAAAAUGGAUCAAUUCAGCUACUUAGAAUGGGGCUUUUGGAUGAUGGGAUCUAUACAUGCAUCUUCAACUUAUUUGCUGUUGGGACAUAUGAGACUGACAUCAAUGUCACAGUUUUUGCUCGUCCUUCAAAUAAUGUAAGAGGAGAGGUGCCUGUUGCUGGUUUUACAGAGGCCACCUUGGUGUCAUGUUUUGCCUCUAAUGCAAAGCCUGCAGCAGAAGUGAUAUGGAGAUUAGGAGAUCUAGAAAACUCUCUGAAGACUAAUACCAACUAUACAAUGAACUCAGAUGGGACUGUUACUGUUGUAUCCUACCUACUUGGUGUCCCAUUCAAACAUUUAAACAAGAAGAAUGUCCAGUGUGUGGUCAAACACAACACCCUGAGAGAUGAACUUGUGUUGAACUACACAAUAAACAUCCACUAUCCACCAUAUUCAGUUGUUAUCAUUCCUGACAGUCCAACAAACAUUAAAGAAUUCCAGUGUAAAGUGGAUAGUAACCCAGAACCAACCAACUACAAUUGGACUAGAGUGAAUAAAAGUGAUCCAUAUUACGAAGGUAAAAAGCUUCCUGUACUAAAUCUGACCCCUGACUUUAAUGGCUUGUACAUCUGUCAUGCUUCAAACCAGUAUGGAAGUUCAAUAGGAUCUCUCUAUGUGAAUGUUCAUAUGGAAACCAACGCCAUCUGUUGGAGUCUGUUCUGUGUUUUCAUCGCUGCUUUUCUUGUUGCUGUAUUCAUAUUUGUGUUCAUAUGGAAACAUAAACAGGAAUGGAUUCAAGUAGUACAGCGUUCCAAUGAUGAAAGAGAUCAGGCUGAUGUAGAAUGUCAAUCCAGAUGAUCAGACUGAAGCAGUGUCGCCAAGUUUCAACUAGUUUUGGCUAUGAUUUGACUAGAUUUAAGUAGAAAUUAGGCUGGUUU